AUGGGUGCUGAUCUGGUUGCACUCAAUUGGGAUCCUGCUCAAUUGCCCGCUUUCUUCGGGUACGCCAUGUACAGUGCAGCUUCAAUCCAUAUUGCAAUGCUGGGUUCCGCCGAUGAAGGGAUUAAGAAAUCCACGAAGACAGCUCUCAAAACAAGCCUGAGAUGGCUGAGGGCUUUGAAAGUUCACUGGUCAAAUCUCGAUAAAUUGUGGAUACGAAUCAAUGUAUUGUACGAAGUUCAGAUAGUUCGGCUCCGCGGACCGUCGACGACGAUGGGGACUACAUCAACUCCAGGACAAUCAAAUCUAAAAGAACUCGACCAGUUGGCUGGUGAGGUUCGCGACGCCAGCCAACUGGCUGAACCACUGGCCGAUUCGGUAUUAUCAUAUUCACUACAACAACUGAGACCUUCACCCGCCUUUACUUCUGAAGCCAUGCGAGAAUUAGAGGCAAAGUUGGACUUUGAACUGAUGGAGCUUUUCAUUGAGGAAGCCUCGCCGAGCGAUCCCCAACCUCUGUUGAGCAGUAGUAAUGACAUAAUGCAAAGCUUUGGCAUGGCAUCCACCUCAGCUGUUCCGGAACUCGACGGGGCAUUAAGAUUCGAUCAGCCGAAUCUUAUGGGGGACUGGAUAUCAGGACCUGGGUUUUCAGGCGACCUGCAGCAACCCUGGGAUUGGUGGGGUGUGGGGAUGGAUCUGCUUGAGCCGAUCUUGCCUUAUGACAAUCUUCUAGGAUUCGGGUAG